CUCUCUCUCUCCCCCCGCCCCCCCUCUCACCCUGUCUUGAGAUCCGUGUCACCAUCGCGAGCAAUUUCUACACACCAUGGAGAUCGGAGUUCGCAUCCUCUUGGCUUUCCUCCUCCACCAGGGCACAGGCUGCAGCAUGGCAGCCGUCCAGACACCGGCAUUAACAUCCCAUCUCGGGGCCAGAGACACCGGGAAGGUUGCCCGUGUGGGUGGCCAAGAGGAUGGAGGCCACGAGGGCUGUUCCCCAGGCUUUCAGGUCAAACACUACCAGCUGGCGUUCACUGGAUCAUUCCAGAAAGGCCAGGCGCUUAUACAAGUCGAGUUUGAUGACUGUGCGGGGAACGAAGACGUGCAGUUCGAGGUGUCGGACCCCAGCUUCUUUGUGGAUGAAGAUUUGAAUCUGGUGCCCCGGCAAGAUGUCCUGCGAAGCCAGCCGGUCCUGUCCAUCCACGGGCUCAGUGCACACGCAGAUGACACGGCACAGGUGGAAGUCACUGGACUUCCUGCUCAGUCGCCGCACACUCUCAGGUGUGUCCUGGGUGUGGGCCAGACGCUGCCGUUCAGGUCAAAGAGAUCCCUGCUGAUCCCUCCGAUGAUCGUGACCGAGAACCAGAGAGCUCCUUUUCCCAGGAAAAUUGGCACGUCUCAUGUGAUUUCAACAGAGAGGUUGGGGAGCCACAUCUUCCGUCUGACAGGCCCCGGUGCCGACCAGGAUCCCAAAGGUCUCUUCACCAUUGACAUAGACACGGGAGAAGUGUCAGUCAGCCGAUCACUGGACCGGGAAGCCAUUGACUCCUACCAGCUGGAAGUUUCUACCACCGACUUCGCUGGAAACCUCGUUGAGGCACCGGCCCUACUUGUAAUCACUGUCAUCGACCAAAAUGACAACCGGCCCAUCUUCAAAGAGCAGAGCUACACAGGAGAGGUGCUCGAGGGAUCCCCAAAAGGUACCACGGUGAUGGCCAUGACGGCGCUGGACGCGGACGACGCCGGAACGGACAACGCCGCGCUGCGCUACAACAUCGUCCGGCAGUCUCCGGACAAGCCGUCCCCCAGCAUGUUCUACAUUGACGCCGAAAGAGGCGACAUUGUCACCGUCAUCUCCAACAAGCUGCUUGACAGAGAGACUCUACCGACCACAACAUAUGAGUUGGAGAUCGUGGCCAAGGACAUGGCGGGCAGCGAGGUGGGCCUAACGGGAACAGCCACAGCUACCAUCACCAUCACGGACAAGAACGACCACGCCCCCGAGUUCACGCGCACGCUGUUUGAGGCGCACGUGUUCGAGGGCUCCAGUGGAGUGGUGGUCAACCUGACAGUGGACGACAGGGACGACCCAGACACGGGGGCGUGGAGGGCGAUCUACUCUAUAAUCAAAGGAGAUCCCACGCUGAGCUUUAAGAUCCAAACCAACCCGGACAAUAACGAGGGAAUGCUGUCCAUCUCCAAGCCUUUGGACUACGAGGCCAAAGCGCCCCACACGUUACUCAUCAAAGUGGAGAACGAGGACGCUCUGGUUCCCGAUGUCGGGUAUGGCCCCAGCUCCACGGCCACCGUUCACAUCGCGGUCCUGGACGUCAACGAGGGCCCGGUCUUCUUCCCCGACCCGCUGAUAGUCAGCAGGAUGGAAAACAUUCCUAUAGGCAGCUUCGUGGCCUCACUUAACACCACAGAUCCAGAUAUUCUACAGAUCCAGAGCAUCAGGUACGCUGUUCUGCGAGACCCGGCUGGCUGGCUGAGUGUGAGCCCAGUCACAGGAACCGUCAACACCUCGGGCUCCCUGGACCGCGAGUCUCCGUAUGUCCACGACAACAAAUACACAGCUGUCUUCAUUGCCACCGAUAACGGCAGCCCUCCAGCAACGGGCACCGGCACGUUGGUCAUUCACCUGGAAGACUACAAUGACAACGCCCCCUACGUGGUACCAUCGAUAGCGCGGGUGUGUGAAGACGCCCACGACAUGAACGUGGCGAUAGUCGGGGGGCGGGACAAAGACCUCGCGCCCAACGCCGCGCCCUUUAAAAUAGAACUCGGAAAACAGCUCGGCCUUGAUAAAACAUGGAAGGUCACCAGCGUCAACUCCACGCACUCCCAAGUCAUGCUCCUGCAGCCUCUGAAGAUGGCCAACUACCAGCUGCCGCUGCUCAUCACCGACUCGGGCGUGCCCCCUCUGUCCAACAACACGGAGAUCAAAGUCCAAGUGUGCGUCUGUAAGAAGAACAAGAUGCACUGCAGCUCCGGCCCCUCCCACCGCGCCAGCCUCCCAGUGCUGCUCGCAACACCCCUGCUCGUCCUACUCUGCCUGUAGAUUCUGCUGAAACCUCCCGUAGUCCUUUUUGCAACACUGAAAAGCAACGACUUAUCUCCCCCACGCAACCCAGGCUUAGGAGAGGAGUAGGAGGAGAAGAAGACGGAAAAAGAUGAUGAAGAAGAAGCCAGAAGAAAAGUGUUCACCGCCAAAAAAAAAUACAAAAUCAAACGAGGAGACAGUUGCCCACUGGCAAAACUGCUGUAUGACAAAGCUCACGCUUUUUUUAUACAUAUCUCACUUAUCCUUUCACUGCUUUCGUUUCCUUUUCCUCAUCUUUUCUUUCCUUGUGGCAUGUCUUUCCCCAAUUGGGUCUUCUCUAAUCUCAUGUUUCUUCUGACUGUAUUUUAAGUUUUUCUCUCCUUUCCUCUCGCCGGUACGCCUCCCCUCGUUAUCAAUUAUGCCACUUAUUUCUCACAGUUUUUCAUUUUAUUUCCGUUUUGGCAGCACGCCAUCGCAUUGGCAGAGAAGCGUUGCCGUGUUAGCCGUGUUCAUGGCAACAUGCCGCAUCUUGUAGGAGACGCUUGAAAACAAUUUGUUUAUUGACAUCAUAACAAAACAAGCUACAAAACAGUUUUGUAUUGGAGCUCACCUUACACCUCCGGUUCACCCAUCCUUUUUUUUCCUCCUUACCCUCAUUAUCAUCCCCACAGCUGCCACUGUUUUUGUUCCGUCCCUCCUUACCCCGGCCUCAUGCAUAGACGUCAUCUCUCUGCCUCUUCUCCCCAUCUCCCUGUCCAUCCUACUGACCCGUGUGUCUCUCAGCGGGCCGGGCAACACUGCGAAGGCUGAGUUACUGUCCUGGUUGGGGAAGAGCAUUGACUUUUUGGUGUGUUUCUUUCUUUUCUCGUUGCAGACUGUGUUUGAUCUCGUUUCCCUCCUUAAGCGGGAUAGCAAAGCCUGUUUCUUUGUAUGGUCGUGGUUGUGGUCUUUUAGGACAAGGUGGUAGCCAUAAGCCUUCAGAGUCAGAUGCUCUCAUGAGUCCUUUCUUCGAUUUGCUUCUGUUUUUAUUGCAUUAGUUGUCAUGGAGUGGGGAAAAAAAGCAUAUCUUUAUAGUAACGGUGUAAACCUAAAAAAAAAAAGUACUAUUAUAUAGAUAUUUUAUUUUUUAACCAUUGUAUAAAUACAGUAUUGAUUAACUUAUGUACUUUGAUUGCAAGUUCACCCACACCGUGAGUAAAUAAAAAAGGGGAUUUCUUUUUUCUGUGAACUUUAGGCACUAUUUCUAAUGCUAUUGAUGUGUUGACAAUUUUGUCUUUUCUUUGUUUUUUUUGUUUAUAAUUUAAAAUCUGUGGUUAAUUGCAGAACCAGGAGUCUCUUUUUUUGAUGGUUGCCUGGUGUCUAGUUUUUUAUUUUGUCUCCCGUUGAUUAUUUCCUUGCCAUCUAUCAUUACAUGUCACAAGAAGAUGUGUAAGAAAUCAAAAGCUGUUGUUUUGUUGGAUAGUUUUACAUUUUGAAUGAGUUAUGUCUGUCUUUUGCACUGAUUUAAUAAAGCCAUUACUGAAAAUUCAA